CUGGGGGCGCUCAUUUGUCAGAUUCAGUAGAACCCUAUACUACCUGUGGACAUCCCAGUGGGCACGGUGAUGGGUACAAGCCUGGCUCCGAAAAGGGCAAUUUAAAUCAGUUGUGGCAUCUAAUCAACUAUGCACUUGUGUUCCCCAAACUGUGGCUCCCCCGCUAUUGCAAAACUACAACUCCUAUUGUAGAACUACAACCCCCAUCAUGCUCGGACAGCCGAAGGCUGUCCGAGCAUGAUGGGGAUUGUAGUUCUGCAACAGCCGUAGUGCCACAGGUUGGGGAUUACCCAUUGUAAUAUAUUAUAUAACUGACAUGGGGGGAAUUAACCCUCUCCUCUGUGUACGGUGCAACAUGCACUUGUACCCCAUGCCCAAAAAUUAAGCAAAAAUAUUAAUUUAUUGGAAUUUUGGUUAUGCAAAUCCAAAAAAAUAGUAGCAGAAACUUUGCAUCCUGCCCAGUAGAUGUCCAGGCUGAAGUGAUGGUUAUGUCAUCAUGUGUCUGGUUUAUUGGGGCAUCAGUGCCCAUCCUAGGCUUGAGGAAUAGUGGGCACGGUGGACAAUCCGGUGGCACCGUAGUUAUUGUCGUUUUUCAUUAAUAGUUUUGGUACCGUAAGGGUGACUUGAAUUAUAGAUCCAGUGUGAGAGGAUCACAUGGGGGUUGUGAUCAGGGACCACUAAAGACAACCAGAUCUCGCGAGAUUUAUAUUACGUCCGAUUCGGGGAAUCAGAUUUGUUUCAGAAGUGCACCCAAAGCAAAGUAUGUAUGGGAGCAAGGACUCUUCUCAAAGAUAGGAGUCCCUGCUCCUGUACAAGACACUGAGCGCCCCUGGUCUGGGUUGAUAGCGCCCAGCAAAUGUAACAGUGAGCAUCCUCUGAAACGGAACCAGAAUAAAUCACAAAAAGUUGGGGUUCUAAAAAGAAAUCCAAAUUUCUUGAGAAAUUUGGACCGUAUCCAAUUCACGCCAAAUUGAGGCGUUCGAACGAAAACAAAUUUCUCUUAAAAUGUGGAAUAAAUCUAAUUUGUGACAUAUUGAUGCCUUCCUAACAAAUCCAAAUUUCUUGUGAAAUUUCAAAAUUUCUUGUGAAAUUUGUACUUUUUCCAAUUUGUGGCAAAUUGAUGCUUUUCAACAAAUCCAGAUUUUUUGUAAAAUUCUGACCAAAUCUGAUUCCAGUCAAAUCAAAUCGUUCAUCUUCAUGGACCCCCAUUGACUGCCAGAAAUAGUGCUAAAUCCCCUUUAAUUCUGUUCAGAGUUUACUAUCUGUUCAGUUUGAUCACUCUAACAUUGAUUUCAAGAUCACGUGAUCUUCUCACAUGUAUCUAUGACCUAUCAGCUGAUCCUUGUGACUGGACUUCCCCUUUAAGUUGUCACCGUAUAAGAGAAUACUAGAGGAGCCUCCUGUUUUAUGCUCCUCAUUUUUUGUAGACAAAGGGUAAAAUGGGCCACAAUAGUGCCGAUGGACUGUUCCAAAUGAUACACGUAGAUGGGUGCUGAGGUUUCCAGCUGAAUAAGCCGUCCCGGUAUAUGUGCUGGACAGGUUUUUAUAGAUGAGUAACUAGUAGAGGCAGCGUGCCAGUCAUUCUAACCAGGGAGGGGGAGCUCUGCCUGUCAGCGGGAUCCUCCAAUCACCGACGACUGUUAAACAUACCUGUAGUUACUUCAUGUGUUUUCCUGUGUAGUGUCCCGACAACAUCUCACUUUAUUGUUUUUUAAUCCGAAAGAAGCAAAAAAUUAUCAACUGCAUAUUUCCUGGUUUCCUUCCAACCCUGGAAGGGUGACUUUCAGAAAGUGUGUAGGGACUAGAUACUCAUGUUGGCCAAAGGGAUCAAACGUAAAUUUUCAGAGGUAGAGGGGGAGAUGGGAACUGGUCCCGAAGUAGAGACGGCAGCUCGAUGCCAGAGUUCGCUACCUGCAGUGCAGUCCCACUGCUUAAUGAACAUCUCUCUACUGAAGCUUCACCGUAGUCUGCACCACGUCGAGCCUAACCUGAGGCAUCUCGUGUUGGUGGCCAACACCUUGCGACGUCUUCAGGAUAAUAUGCAAACAGAAUCAAGUGCUACAGGAACAUGGAAAUCCAUAGAGGAAAACUCCAGAAAAGACUACUCUCAAACAUUUGUCAAUGAGAGCAAGAAACCAGCUCUCGAAAUCCCCGGAGAAGAUGCCCUGUUCUCCACCAUGGAUGCAUCCUUAUACUCUUCCAUUUCUACUAUUCUUGAAGAUUUAAACAAUUUUGAGGGAUUGAGCUGUUCUUCACUUCCCCAGGCAGAUGAUGAUCAAUUUUGCUCUCCAAAAGACUUAAGCAGAGAUGGGAAUAGAGAGGAUUCUGGUAAACUUACACCCACAUCCAGCUUCCUAAGUUCUUCGACCUAUCUCCUUGGCGACAACCUAGAGGACAUUUUUGAGGACAUUGACACUUCCAUGUAUGACAGUGACCCUUGGGCAAGCAGCAAUCUUUUAAACUUCAAGACAUUUUCUAGCAUGAACGAGACGGAAGAAAAGACAUUGUCAGAUGGACAGGACUCUAUGCUGGAACUUAGUGAUUUGGACUAUCUGAUGGAUGUUCUAGUGGGAACUCAAAACUGCUGAUAUUCCCUUUUGGACUUUAAUGGACACAGUAACAUAUCUUGUAACAAGACACUAUUGUAAAUAAAAAGAGAACUUCAUUUUAAUUUAUUUUGAGCAGAUGAACGGAAACGGUUUUCCUUGACGGUGAGGAGAGGGCAUUAUUCUGUGUUUCGACUACCAGAGACAAUCUCAGAAUAAGUGUAAAACUGUAGAAGGCAAAUGUCGAAUCUAGUAUAAAGAGGAAUCUAAAGAACAAACGAGCUAUUAAUGAAUGCACAUAUAUGCCUUCCUAUGCCAUAAGAAACCCAACGUGCACAUUUUUCAGUAAAAAAAAGGUUCAUAGUCAUUUUUUCCGAAAUGUCUCUGCAACAAUUGCUGAAUCAUUUUGUAAAUCUUUGUUUACGGACAUACAUUUUAUUUUAUUUUUUAAAGAACAGAUGAAGCCAUUGGGACAAUUUGCCCUAGCACAUAUGAAAUGUAUAUAAAACGUAUAUAUAUAUAUAUAUAUAGACAUAUAUAAAUCUCUAUUUUUAAGAUUACAACUAAUUUAAGCUUGCGUAUUACAGAUUGCCUUAAUCAUGCUACAUUUCUAUAUCUCCCGGUUAGUCCAACAAAUUUUUAUCACCAAAUUGGAGUGGGUGUAUUGUUAAAUUGGUCUAUCCAAUGAAAAAAAGGAAAUUAUUUAUUGUAAUUUCUUUGGCAAUGUAACAGUGGCUUGUAGAAGUCAAUUCAGCAAUUGGUCGUAAAUAGACAACAUUUUUAAAUUGCAGGUUUUUCUCAAUGACUGUAGCUUUUCUCUAUAAAUGCCGAAUUUAAAAUUGUGUAAAUGAAGCAAUAUUCUUUGUAUAUUUUUAUGAGUAUGAUGAAACUGUUUUAGCCUGAAGUGAUAAUUCAGGUGCAAAAGCCAUAGCCACUUGCUGUUACCUUGUAUUCAAGGCAAACUUUUUCCGAAUUGAAUGCUUGGGUCGCUGUCACCUUCCUGAACACCGACCAUCUCCUAGUCCAGAGGCCAGUGCUGUUACCUCACCUUAGUUAUUCUUUUCUCAUAUUUAUUUUUUGUGAUCUCCCAGUGUUUAUUUUGUUAAAAAUUAAAGCAUGUUUCACUAGAGAAUUUAAGGGGCUUCAUCUGCCCACGGUUAACGGAAGCUGUACAUUUUGUGUCAUGAUUUACACCGUAAAGACAUCUGGUGAUAGUAUUUAUUGAAAUGAUGUGAUUUUAUUCAGAAUUGAUUUUCUUAAUUUAACGCUUGGACAUCUUUAUUAUUUAUCCUUUGUGAAUAUUUAUGAUUAAAAUAAAAUGGAUUUUUUGUAACUGGA